AUGGCCUCCCAGAUCAGUCAGAACUAUCACCAGGAUUGUGAAGCUGCUGUCAACAAGCAGAUUAAUGUGGAGCUCACUGCCUCCUAUCUCUAUCAGUCUUUGAUGUCCUACUUUGACCGGGAUGAUGUUGCCCUCACCCAUGUCUCCCGGUUCUUCAAAGAUCAGUCCCAGGAGAAGCAGGAACAUGCAGAGAAGCUGCUGAAAUUCCAGAAUCGGCGUGGAGGCAGAGUCCUCCUCCAGGAUGUGAAGAAGCCAGAGAGGGAUGAGUGGGGUAACAGUCUGCAGGCGCUGCAGGUUGCCCUGGAUCUGGAGAAGAAUGUGAACCAGAGUUUGCUGGAUCUACACCAACUCUCCACAGCCCAGACUGACCCUCAUCUGUGUGACUUCCUGGAGACUCACUAUUUGGAUGAGGAGGUGGAGAUCAUCAAGCAACUUGGGGACAACAUCACCAACCUGAAGCGCCUGGGAGCCCCUGAGAAUGGGAUGGGAGAGUACCUGUUUGACAGGCUCUCCCUGGAGCAACACAAAGUGAAGACAGCCCUUUAUCUACUGACCCAGCUGCCUGAUCACAAAGGUCUAAAGGAAGAGGCCCAGCAGGCUCUGAUUUCAAUCCAGCUGGCGGAAGCAGCAGAGGUGUGA